AUGGAUAAACAAAUGUUUGCUCUUCGAUCACCUCAGAUAGAUGCAAAUCAUCUUGAUGAAGAUUUUAAUUCAUAUAAUUGGGAAAUAUUUUCAUCACUUUUUCGUAAUUCUUAUUCACAUUUAAUUCAUACAUUUAAACAUGAAUUUCAAUUAUUUCUUCGUUUAUUAACAUCAUAUAAUACACUUCUAUCAUCACGUUAUUCAGCAACAAUUGGUCAACAACUUUUACAACUUAAAUAUUCGCCAUCAAUACAAACUCGUUCGCAAAAAUUCUUUUUUCUAUCAUCAACUGUUUUUUCAUAUCUCUAUGAAAAAUUCUUAGUUGAUUAUCGUCGUUUACUACCUUUUCAAUUUAUUUAUAAAUUAUUACUUUUUAUUAAUUUUCUAUUGUUUCUUCAUCGUGGUACAUAUAUUAAUCUAUUCGAACGAUUAAGUCGUUUAAAAACAAUUCAUAAUCAUCCACCAUCACUUCGUAUACUUGAUUAUUCUUACAUGAAACGUGAAUUAAUCUGGCAUACAUUGAAUGAAACAUUAGGAACUAUAAUACCAUUUAUAACUUCAUUGAAAGCACGUACAUUGAUGAGAAAAUAUUUUUCUGGUACAUUAAUGAAACGACUUGAACAAACAAAUGUAUGUUCUGUAUGUGAACAAUCAAUUGUAAUGCCACACGAAUCAAUUGGAGAAUGUAAACAUUAUUUUUGUUAUAUAUGUGCUUAUAGUUUAAUUCAACAUUCAUGUCCGAUUUGUUUUAAAACGAUUAAUAAUAUUAAACCAAAAGAAUUUUCUUCCAAAUAA